AUGUUAGUUAUGGUUCCGUACAUUCAUCGGUGGGGCAUGGGUAAACAAAACGCAAUCCCGGGCGACUACGAGGGAGUCUAUGAGCCAUUGCAUACAGAGACAAUAGAUCAAUCUUCGGGCAUAGGUAUGACGGAAGUAGGAAUGCAUAUGACACCUUUUAAUCAAAUAACAACUAUGAAGUACAAGGCUUUCUCUAAUUCUUUAAACAUACCUCCUAUAGAACAACCCAUAAUACUAAAUCCUAAUUACAAUGAUGCUCUAACAACCAAGCUUAAACAACCAAUAAAUGGCCAAAAUUUUAAGGAUGCAGCAGAAAUAAAAAGCAGAGAAAAAGAGCUAGCAGUCAAAAUAAUAAUUAAUAAACUUAAAGAUGUUCAAUCACAUUCUAAAGGACAAAUGGGUUUACCACGAGGACUUCAAAUGGAAUAUAAUAAAAAUGAAGCUGAUACGAAAUUUAAAACCAAAAGAAUGGAGGUAAACAAAGAAGAAAAAGUAACGAGUGAUUUUAAAAGGGAGGAUAACGCCUUAGCGUCUAUAAAAUACACAGCAUUUAAUGUUAUAGAUGAAAAUAUUAAAAAAGCUGUUAACGUUGCUGAGGAAAUUAAGAAGGAAAUUGAUAUUGAAUUGGCUAGAAAGGAACUGAUAGCUUCAAGAAAAACAAAGGCAACUAACAUUGAAAAUAAAAGUACACCAACUAUGCCUGAAGAACGUGCUCGUACUCUUGGCCUGCAAACGAUAUCGUAUAUAAAAACCUAUAUGGAUUCGCAAUUUUUAAAUAGAAAUAUCAUGACACGGAUAUUUUUUGAAUUGACAAAGUUUAUGGUGUCUCUUUCACAGCGCAUUUUCAAGAAAAACUAUAUUUUAGAGGAACAAUAUACAUCUCGAAGCGGAGUGGGCUUUUAUGAAAAUGAAGCCGAAUACUAUGAAGAAAAAAUAUUAUCUGGAGCCGAAAUGUCCAGGAAAUUUGGCAAAACGCCACUGGAAUUCACAGAAAGAAUGGACACGGUAAUAACGGAGUUUGAAGCAAAAUCAGGAAUAGAAAUCACUUCAAAAAAACGACGCAGUAGCAGGUCUAGAAGUAGGAGUAGGCCAAAAGAACAACUAAAUGGGGAUCUAAAAAAUCAAGCUAAUAUUGAAGGAAACGUUUAUAGAGCGUUUGUAACAGAGGAAUGGAGUGAGUACUACGAUUUAGGAAAACCUGAAAUCAAUACAACAAUGAAAUCCGAAAAGCAUUUCGAAUCUGAAAGUAUGAAAAAGGAAACAAUAGAAGAGUUGUUUGAGGAAAAGAUUUUGCAAAAGGAUGUACCGCUCACAUAUAUAGCUAUUGUACAGGCACAUGUCUUUACGAACCAAAAUGCUAUAAUACGCGAUGAUAUUGAAAUAGAAAAAGACAUGAAGAUUUCCGAAAAAAUACAAUCUAUGAGAGAAAAUAUAGUAUUGAAAAAGAUGGAAGAAACAGCAACUUGUACUGAUUUGCAGCAUCAAGUAAUACAAAUAAAGAAGGAAAAGCCUAUAGAAAAAGUUGUGGUCAUUGAAUCUAUAGAAGACAUAACUCCUGUUGAAGAAUAUAAAUUAUUCCCCGGCAUAGAAAAAGCUUUGCCCACCCCAAUCCAAAAAACAACCGUUGCUUUAGAACCCGUAACUGAAAUGGAACAUAAACAACCACAUUUUAAACAAGCUCGUGAAUUCGUUGAAAAUUGCAGUAUAAUAAUACCAGGUAGCCAGGCGGUAGUGUUACAAGCAGAAAAAGAUAAUUCCUUCACAAUACCAGAAAUAAAGCCAAGAAAAUCAAUCACGUUAUUUGAAGGACCAUUGAAAACGGUCGCAGAAACAACCAGAAUAGAUACACUAGAACCAAGGGUUGAAGUUUUUGAAACAAUUACGAAGCCGUUGGUUCAAACAGCCUCAACCAUGGAAGAACCUAAAGUAAUUGCUAACGUAGCAGAAGUUCAAGUGAUUGAAGCUGCAUCGCGACCAUUGCAUUUAAAAAUAUCUCAAGAAGAGAAGUCGAAACAACUAAUUGAAACUCCCAUUCAAUCAGUUGCUGUGAAAACGGAAACAUAUAUCGAUCAACCAAAAGUUGAGUUUACUGAGACACCACCACUGAAGAUGGAGGAGACAAAGGUAUUGUUAGAACCAUUAACAAGGACUGCUGCUGAGACAAGUGAAAUAUAUACAGAGAGGGCAGAUACUUUUCCGUUGUAUAAUCCAGACCCUGCUGUUAAACAAGUUAGGCCAACUAUAGAACCCUUUGUACAAGUAGUAGCAGCAAAAGCGGAAACAUAUAUAAACGAAUCGAGUGUUAAUUUAGCAAAAACAGAGCUUCGUUCUGAAGUCGUACAAACGUUAAUCGAACAGCCGAUCAAGGCGGCAGCAGAAACUUUCGAAACCUCAGUCAAUACAGCCGAGGCAAUGAGUUUUAAAACAGACAUUACUAUAGGAGAAAAUACUCGUACUCUUGUAGAAGUACCAAAACAAAUAGUGGCCCAAGUAGGUAUAGUAUGCACAGAUGUAGCUGAAGGUGUUUAUAAACAACAAAAGGCUGUUAAAGGAAAUAUUAAAUCUUCAAUUGAAACAUCACAAAUGAUCGUAGCGCAGAGCCUUGAGACAGCCGCUGAAGAAGAAAAAGUAAAGUUAUUGGACAAUUUUCAAGUUAAAAAAGAAAGUCUUAUUCCAUCUAUCGAAUCAAAUGCUAAAAAUAUUGCUGAAACCAAUUUUACAAUAUCUUCUGAAACCAAUGUCGAAUUUGAAGCUACUAAAAUAAACAAAGUAACCACAUUACAAACUUUGGAACCUAUGAAGACCGUAGCUGAAAACAUGGAAGUAUAUGUUAUCGACGUUAGUGAAGAUUUCGAUAAAUUUAAGGUAAAAAGUACUGAGCGAGACUUUUCAAUUGAAACUCCAAUUAGAAUUAUUGCCGAUAAAAAUGAAAUUGAAAUAGACGAAGCUGUUGGUGUAGUAGAAAAUGUAAAACUUAUCGAAGAAAAACCACAGAGCAACAUAGAAAUGCCAUUCAGAACCACAAUGACAGUCAGCACGGCUUUCAUAAAUGAAUCAAGCGGUGUAUAUGAGAAAGAGAACACUAUAGAACAAAAACGUACAAUGCCCCACACAUCUUUAGAAAUGGUUUUCAGAAGUGUACCAGAAACGUCCGAAAUCACUCUGAAUGAAUCUAAUACGGACAUUAUCGCGACAACGUAUAGUGGAGAAAAACCCAAAAGUGUAAUGGAAACACCAAUAAAAGCAGUAGCUGAGAAGUUUCAACUAUUCGUAAAUACAGAUGAAAUAAAAACGUUCGAAUCUAAAAAAAGCAUAACUGAGAAAUCCAACGCUGUUAUUGAAAAUCCAGUCAAGGUGCUGGCACAAAAAUCCAUCGUAAUUCCCGAUGAACCCAAACUGGAUAGUUUACAAAUUGCAGCAACAAAAAUGAAAUCAUCCAAGAUCGUUAUGGAGGAUACAGUACGAUUCGUACCAGAAGUUAUUAUUCCAGGAUUAGAGGAACCAAGGACUGAAUCAUUAAUAAUACCAAAACCUUCUAAUGAAGAAGCUAAAGUAGCUCUGGAUAAAUUGAAACCGACCAUUAUAACAGAAAUACUUUUAGCGGAACCAAAUCAACUACCUUUUGAAAGCCCAGAAUUUAAAACUAAAAUACCACGGCCCUUAAUCGAAAAACCUGUUUUAACAGUUCCUGAAAUAAUGAUGACAAUUCUGGAAGGACCAAAAUAUGAUAAUUUUAUUGUACCUAAAACUACUGAAGAAGUGGCUAAUGCAAAGUUUAAAAGCUCAGAAGCAACUAGCGUAACAGAGAUAUCGUUUUUGGAACCACAAUGUGACUCUUUCGAAGUGCCACAAGUAACACAACGCCAGUCCCAACGCACUUUGGAAGAGGCCAAAUUAACGUUGCCUAAAACUGAAAUACAUAUUGCUUUAGGCCCUAAAGAUGAUAACAUGGAAAUACAAGGUACUAUCAAACAAAAAGCUAAAAUAAAUUUCAAUGAGCUAAAAGCACUUGAGACAUAUGUGAUUUCGCCAGAAGAGGCGGCUCUAAAAGCCGUAGAAUAUAAUAAACUCCAAGAGAAGAAGUCAAACUUAAUCAUGGAAGGUCACGCACAUUCUGUUUCUGAAAGUAUCCAAGUAAAUGUGGCAGAAUCUGAAAAAUCCUUUUCUGUCUUAAGUGAAGCUAUUGGACAAGAAGCUAGUCUUACAGUACAAUCACUGGUAGGUCUAUCUCAAACAGCAAUAGCGCCGAUUGAAGAAGUUAACAUUGUAGAUGAAAACUUCCAAACAACAAAAAGCCGUAAAGUAGUCGAAACGGAAUUAGAAACUUUAGAAAAGCAUAAGGCAUCAAUAAAUAAAAUAGAUGUGAAAGAAUCUAAAGUAGAUAUCACCGAAGUUACUAACGACAUUGAAAUGUCUGAGGAUAUAUCCGCUGCAUACAGCGUUGAGCUGGCUAAAGAUGAAAUACAUGAAGAAAAAUCAAAAGUUGAAAAUAAAGUUCUACAAGAAGAGUCCCACGUCCAUAAACUACGCUCAAUAAAGAAGCAAGAAAAAGUAUCUGCAGCGUUAGAAUUAGACACAAAGUACAUACAUAAAGAUAUCGAGUACAUAGAAAAUGGUAUGGAAUCUAUAAUUCAAUCGAUAGAUGAAAAAGACCAUAAACGGUCCAUAAUUGUAUCCGAAUCGAAAAUAAUACACAGUGGGGGCAGCAAAAGUCCAUCUCCCGAUUCACCGAUUAACGACGUAUAUUUUUUCAAUGUUGCGACGCAAUAUAAACACGAAAGGGAAACCGAAGAGGCAUUUACCGAGUUAGAAUAUAGAUCUGCUGCAAAGAGGCCUUAUACGCAGGCCGAAACUUCAGUAGAAGAGUCUAUUGCCAUACAAUAUCCAAUAUCAGAUUCUGACGAGGACAUACAAACAAUCGAAGAGAAUGAUUACGAAAGUUACGAAUCUAACAUUACUGCAGAAGCUAUGGUCAAACAUAAAAUGUCUCAUAUGAGAGAAAGUAAAGAAUCAGAAAGUGCCCAGAAAAGGAGUAAAUUAAAACGGGGUGAAGCUAAAACUAUUCUUUCUAGCUUUGAAUCAAAUACAUCUACUAUUGAGCAAAGGCUUGCAGCGUCACAAGAAAUGGUAAUGGUAGCAAAACAAGGUAAAAGUGAAUCUAUGAAAUCAGUUCAAUUAGAAGCAAACACGGAAUCUUUGACUGACAUCAGCGCUUCAAUUUUGCAAGUAGAUAUGGGGCAACAAGAGUCCGUUGUUAAUGAGGUUAGCUCUUCAAAGAUUUUAGAAGCACAGCGUCACUCAGCUGAAAUUGGAAUGGGGUUACAGGAAACAUCAGUAAAAUCAAAGUCUGCACGCAAAUCGGCAAAGUCGAAACGACAGUCCGCUCUUUCUUUAGAACAAAAUACAGCUAAAUUAGAAAUGCGUGCGUUAGAAGAACAUAGAAGAUCUAUAGAACAGAAUAUUAACACAAUGGAGACAAAUAUAGAGGAACAAUACUCUAUACUGUCAAAAUCUGAUGAUAUUGUUAAAAGUCCAUCCCCACCAAUACAACCCCCUACUCCUUUAACAGAUGAAUACGUCUUCCGUCUAACAGCGCCUUUACCGAGCAGAGAAGGGACCCCAGUACCGCGCGAUUGUACUUCCAGUUCAGAAUCAGAGGAGGAGAUAAGAAGGAAACUAAUACCUCAUAUCGAGCUUUCAAUCGAACAAAGAAUUUUCGACCCUCCAUUACCAACUCCACCAACUUCUCCUACAGCUGUUACAACCCAGACGGAUGUGACGUCACCAGUAAGAAGAAAACCAUUAUACUCGAAGCCCGGAUUAAGAGGUGGCGGCGAUACUUGGGAUCUGACUAAGGAGGAAAUCUUAGAAAUUAGUAGACAAUCAAAUCUCCUCGCUUCAGCCAUAGAUAAAACAUUAAAAAGCAUAGAGGAAUACAAAUCAGAGUUUGGGAUAUCAAAUAUGGAGUACGGUUCAGAAACUGUCACAAGUAGCCAAUCGGAAAUCAAGGAAAUAAGUACUCUAAUACAUAACAAUAAGGUCGAUGUUCUUAUUGACAAAAUGGUUGAGACCUCGCGGCGGUUCUCUGGUGACAGCGAGCGAGAUGGGGCGAUGUAUGAAGGAUACAACAAUACAUCUAGGGAGGUUAUAAUUCCUGUUGCUACGCAAUACGUAGCACCUAGGCCACAGACUGCACCGGAGGACAAUACAGAAAUUGUUUCUUACCCUUCGAAGUUGCAAACAAUGGAACAAAGUAGAAUAUCUGAGCAAUUGCUUAAGAGCAUAGAAAGUAUGGUUGAUCCUAACGCAGGUCUGGAAGACAGGCUAUCGCAAAUGCAAGCCCAAAUCAGCGAACUCUCUCGUCUACCUGACAUCAUUAGUAGGACUUUGGACGAGGUCAAGGUGCAAUUUGAACAGCUUAGCUAUCAAGUACAACAGACGUCCAUUGAACAAAGAGUUGAAGUGAGCCAGAGUGAAAUUAAAGAAGUUGAACACAAUUACGAAAUGACAGAAAGCGCAAUCACAGACCAGCCAGUAAUAGAAGUGACAUUGGAAGAGAAAGAGAUGGGUGCAGAUAAGAAAGAGUUCGCUGUAGAAGAACACGCGGAUGUCGAAAUACAGAGAAUCAUCGAGAAGAGAAGAUUGGAGGCUGAGAGUAAAGCGCGAGAGGAAAUCAUGAGAGAAAGACUUAGCCAAGAAUUAAGAACUGCUGCGGAAAGGUUAUCACCAAAAUUGAGCUUUGACGAAAGACCUAAAUUCGGUGUUACUGAAUACGCACCGACAUUGGGUGUUCCUCAAGAAACGCCUAAAUUCGGCGUUACUCAAGAACCAUUGCCGGAAUUCGGUCUGCCUCAAGAACCUUUACCGGCAUUCGGUGUUCCUCAAGAAUCACCUUACUUCACUCCUCCUCAACAAACACCAAGAUUUGGUGUUUCGGAAAAACUGGUAAAGCAAGAUAAUGCCGGACAAACUACGUCAGAAGCUGUAAAGCCUGUGGGAAAAGUCUGGAAGAAAUCAGACAACUAUGAUGAUGCUAAUUUGGAACAAAUGCUGUCAGAAACAAUGGCGGCACAAGCUGAAGUUAUUAAAGGAAAAGCAAUUGGUGUGAACUUCAUGAAAUACGAGAAGCCACCACCACCAUUGGACCACCUCCUGAACUCCGAAGUGUACAAAGCUAUCCACGAGAUGGACCAGAAGCCAUUAAAGAAGGUAGAACUUCUCAAACCGGCGAUAGCGGCAUCUGACUAUGUGGAGAGGUUACGGUCUGUCUCCCCAGCACCAGCUAAGACAUUGAUUGAAGAUUGCGAAGUGUAA